AGAGGGCGGCGGGGGGGCUCCGACCGCGCUGCCCCCCCGGGCUGAGCGGCGGGGAGAGCCCGCGGCGGGGCGGGGGGCAGCGCGGCCGCACGGCGUGAAGCCCUCUCUCAUCCCUCUAUCUCUCUCUUAUCCCCCUCUCUCUCAUCCCUCUCUCUCUCUUAUCCCCCUCUCUCUCAUCUCUCUCUCCAUCCCUCUCUCCUCCCUCUCUCCAUCCCUCCCUCCAUCCCUCCAUCCCAGCCGGGGGAGCGGGGUGCGGAGCGGGUCUAGGCGGGGGCUGCCGGCCGGGGAUCAUGCCGGGGGAGCUGCGCCUCGGCACCGCUUUCUCCUCGCCCUCCAUGGAGCCCGGACUUUCUCUACAAUGACUUUCCCCGAGCUGAGCAAUGGCAGCUUGAGUGGGAACCGGACGGGACAGGGCAGCCAGAGCGGUGCCAACCGGUCCUGGGGGCUGCAGGGUGAGGAGGGCCCCGACGGCAACGGCACCACGCUGACUUUCGCCUUGGACGUGCAGGCGGUGGGCGUCGGGGUCUUCCUGGCCGUGUUCAUCCUCUCGGCCAUCGUGGGGAACAUUCUGGUCAUCCUGUCGGUGGCUUGCAACCGGCACCUGCAGACGGUCACCAACUACUUCAUCGUCAACCUGGCCAUCGCCGACCUGCUGCUCAGCACCACCGUGCUGCCCUUCUCGGCCACCCUGGAGGUGCUGGGCUUCUGGGUGUUCGGGCGCAUCUUCUGCAACAUCUGGGCGGCGGUGGACGUGCUGUGCUGCUCUGCCUCCAUCAUGAGCCUGUGCAUCAUCUCCGUGGACAGGUACAUCGGCGUCAAGUACUCCCUCAAGUACCCCACGAUCAUGACCGAGAGGAAGGCGGGGGUCAUCCUCGUGGUGGUCUGGCUCUCCUCCAUGGUCAUCUCCAUCGGGCCCCUGCUGGGGUGGAAGGAGCCGCCGCCGCAGGACGAGAGCAUCUGCAGCAUCACGGAGGAGCCAGGCUAUGCCCUGUUCUCCUCCCUCUUCUCCUUCUACUUGCCCCUCAUGGUCAUCCUGGUGAUGUACUUCAGGAUCUACGUGGUGGCCAGGCGGACCACCCGGAGCUUGGAGGCGGGGGUCAAGAAGGAGAGGAAUAAAUCCAUGGAGGUGGUUCUGCGCAUCCACUGCCGCAGCGUCCUGGAGGAGCCCCUCUCCAGCACCCGGAGCAAGGGGCACAACUUCAGGAGCUCCCUCUCCGUGCGGCUCCUCAAGUUCUCCCGCGAGAAAAAAGCAGCCAAGACUCUCGCCAUCGUCGUGGGUGUUUUCAUCCUCUGCUGGUUCCCUUUUUUCUUCAUCCUGCCUUUUGGCUCUUUCUUCCCGUCUCUGAAGCCCUCCGAAAUUGUCUUCAAGAUCAUCUUCUGGCUGGGGUACUUCAACAGCUGUGUGAACCCCAUCAUCUACCCCUGCUCCAGCAAGGAGUUCAAGCGCGCGUUCAUCCGGCUGCUCAAGUGCCAGUGCCACCGCAGGAGACGGCCCAUCUGGCGCGUCUACGACCACCACUGGAGAGGGGCCUCUGUCAACAGCUCGGUGCAGGACUCUGAGACAGACCUGAGGCCCAGGAUUAACACCCUGAACAGCUCCUUCAUAUUUAACUCCUCCUUCCAGGAGAGAGCCAGCAAGAGGCGAACGCUCAGCUUCAAGGGCUGGAAGAUGCUCACUCCUUUCCAGAAGCCGGCGUCCACCCAGCUGAAGGAGAAGAUGAACAGCCUUUCUAACAAAAUCCGGGGUGGCUCCAGCAAAGGGGGGGUGACAGCCACCUACAAAACAGAGGUGGAGUCUGUCUCUAUUGGGAUCCCUCACGAUUUCACGGAAACCAUCGACUAUCAAACCCAUGACUUAACAGACUGCUGUGGGCUGAGAGAAACAGAUAUUUGAACCCUCUGGGACAGCUGUCGAUGGUUUCUUUAGAGGUAUCCAGCAGAAAUGUGGAGGGAUACCACCUGUGGGUCUGUCAGGCAGACUGGAAGCAGCAAUCAGGUAUAAAACGCAGUUGCCCAAAGGUUAUCCAAAAAUCCCCCAUGUGGAGCUCAGCCCCUUCUGUGGGAUUAUGGGUUCCUCAAAUAAGAGCCAGUGGCAUGUCCCAUUUUAACGAGGGGAAGAUGUGGAGUGGAUAUGGCCUUAGGAGAAGAGCUGUCUCCCUCCAGGGGAUGGUUGUCUUUGACUUUGGAAGAAGCUGUGCAAUUAAGGGAAACCAGGAUGUCUCCUUUGCCUUAAAAACAUCGUUGUGAAAUCUAAUGGAAAGAUGAAACCCCAAAAGAUGCCAACCCUGCCUUAGCCCACGUGGUCACGUUUCCACCCAGAGGCAGCAUCCAGGAGGGACACUGCCGAGCAGCAGCUGGCAGCAGAUCCUUUGGAUGGUGGGUUGGGAGCUUGUAGGUCUGCAGGGCUGGACAGGACCUCCAGCCGAGCCCUUGGCUCUGGAGGAUGAGCAGACGGGGUAUUUCCAAGCAGAGCGGGGGGAUCCUGGCUCUCAGUCAUCACCUCUGCAGUGACCACAGCUUUGCCCCUUCCACAUAACCUGGUUUUAGGCCAGAGGAGGAGCCCAGAUGCGUACACAGGGUGUGCAGGUCUCUCUCCUCUAAUUCCAGCCUGUGAAGCAUUUCCCAUUUCACCUUCCAGUGAAACACUUGCAAUCCCCCUUGCUUUAGUGCUCAUCCGUCUGUGAUACAGAGUGAAACUGGCUCCUUUUGGUGUCAGUCAUCCCCAACCUCGUCUGUCCCCCUCUUGCUCUAGUUGUUUCUCUCAAAAAACACAGGAUAAAAAUGCACCCCGGGAGCUUCACUCAGGACGAGAGGAAAUGGCCUCAGGUUGCGCCAGGGGAGGUCUAGG